CCCUGAGCUUUGCUCUUGGUCCCCCAGUGAGCAGGAGCUAGGGGUACAAGCGGAGCAAGGCUGCAGCAGUACCAAGUCCUUGACAGACUCCUUUCUCUGUGAGUGUAUCCAGAUCCACAUCUUUGCUGAAGCCGAAGAAAGAGGAGACACUCACAAAAACUUAGCGGAAACUUGUCAGAGAAUGCUCCAAAAGUCAGUUAUUCUCCUGCUGCUGGUGAUCAGUGCUUCUGCAUCUUAUGAAGCCGAACAGAAUGACUCUGUGAGCCCCAGGAAAACCAGGGUUGCAGCACAGAAUUCAGGACUAUGUCUACAAGAGUCUUCUGCAACUUAAUCAUUGGUAACGUGCUUUGUGCCCUCAGAUGAAGGGGGCUAUGGAAGUGGGAAGCAUUGUGUAAUGUCCUAUGCCUGUCUUCCAGCUGAAGUGGUUCGCUGUUUAAAUAGUGCCCUCCAGGUGGGUUGCGGUGCGUUUGCCUGCCUGGAGAACUCUACGUGUGACACGGAUGGAAUGUACGACAUCUGCAAGUCCUUCCUCUACAGCGCUGCUAAAUUUGACACUCAGGGAAAAGCCUUUGUGAAAGAGAGCCUGAAAUGCAUUGCAAACGGAGUUACGUCCAAGGUUUUCCUUGCCAUUCGGAGGUGUUCCACUUUCCAAAGAAUGAUCUCGGAGGUGCAGGAGGAAUGUUACAGCAAACUGGACAUGUGUAGCAUUGCAAAGCGUAAUCCUGAAGCAAUCACUGAAGUUGUCCAAUUUCCAAAUCACUUCUCAAACAGGUAUUACAACAAGCUCGUGAGAAGUUUAUUGGAAUGUGAUGAAGAGACUGUCAGCACCAUCAAAGACAGUUUGAUGGAGAAGAUAGGACCCAACAUGGCCAGCCUCUUCCAUCUGCUGCAAACAGAUCACUGCUCUCAAACGCACCCCAGAGCAGACUUCAACAGGCGACGUAUCAUUGAGCCUCAAAAGCUAAAAAUCUAUUUCAGGAACCUCCGAGGUGAGGGGUCUAUUCCAUCCCAUGUGAAACGUACCUCUUCAGAAAGUGCAUAAUUCCUUAGGGGAGAGAGAAUGGGUGUGUAGGGGAUCUAAGCACUACCAAUAUAGAAGCCUCUUUCUCUAGAAGAGUUAAUACACCCAUCCAAAUGUACUGUAGGCUGAUUUUAACAACAAUUAGAAACUGGUUUUAGAUUUAGUCGUUCAUAUUUUCUAUCCCUCUCAAACAAAUUUGCAUGGAACUAGGCUUCUGUGUUCAAUGUCCCAGCUUUCUGCCUUUGAAAUUUCUCCAUCUCUCUUCUCUUACCCCACCAAAAAAAAGGAAAAUCAUAAACCUAGGCUUUUACAACAGUGAGUAAUUCAGCAGAUAUCAAAUUAUCAAUUAACUGUAGCUCAAACACCC